ACCAAAUGCAAUCAAUCGACUUCACUAGUUUUAAACUAAACCUUGAUAAGAUGGUGUAUUGGAACGGAAGCCUUGCCAAGGUUCGACUCUUCAGGGGUCAACUGGAAGAUGCAGUCAAUCGAUAUCUGGACCGGGAUCAUUUCCGUUGCUUGGAGUUGGUCACCAUUGGUGGAGGCAUCCAGUACAGCAACCGGGAACCGUGCAAACGAUGCUGCAUGACGUUGUACCGUCUGCUGGGUGUUUAUCAAUUCUGUGUGGCAAUGUGCAAGUUUAUUUUUGAUUUGAAUCAUCAGGAAGAUAGAAUAACGUUGUACGCCACGGUCCUGGUGUUCGUAGGUUUCUUGAUAUGCUUCGUCAGGAUCUUCAUAGUGCAACACUACGACGCAGCGAUUCAACAAUGCAGGACAUUCGUUGGGAGACGUCGCUGCAAAUCCGGAGAUCCAGAUUAUGACGCAUCAAUACGGAAAGAGACAUCUCGUGCCACAGGUCACGGAGUCCUGGCAAUGAUUUUGUUCUUCCUUGGUAACCAAUUUCUCAUCUGGAUACCUUGCGCUGCCAGAGACCGUGUUUUUGGGAUACCACGUCAGUUCGAAAGUUUGGGACCUGCUCUCACUGUUCCGAUGCAGCAACUGUUCACUGCAACAUUGGCUUUCUUUUGGGACUGCAGAUUGUUCUACUCCACUAUCAUGAUGUCCGUAAUUCUAAUGGCGUUGCGAGCUGAAUUGUUGAUCGUUUCCCAUGGGUUCAAGACAAUCUUAAAUAGAGCGAGACAUAUGCAAGAGGAAAACGAUCGAGGAUCAUUGUCGGAUGUCGUCCAGCUUAAAUACUUGCAGAAAACAUUGAAAUCGGUCUUGGAACAACACAUUGAAUUUCUAAGGUGUACAUCGUUCAUUUAUUCAGUCUAGUAGGAACUUAAAGAAUUUCAUGCAAAUUUCAGAAUCAUAGACGUUUUGCAACCGUUCAUCAACUAUGCAUUUGCUGUAACCUAUUACUGCACAAUGGCCCUCGUUGCUAUCUUGGUAUAUGUGCUC